AGGGAGAGGGAUGGAGAAAGUAAGCUUCAGCCCUAUACAAUCCCUUUGCCGUAGAGGGACAACCAAACGCUGAACUUGCAAAGCUCGAUACAGAUGUAUUAAUAACACUGUGAUUGUAGAUUGGGUUGGGAGCAGAAGGAUGCGCUGUCAUUUUGCACAGAGAUGUCCUAAAAUGGACACCGUAGGAGAGGGCUGGCUUCAGUUGCCCACAUGCUGUAGAUAAGUGGCGGCAGGCUCAGUUCUAGUAAUAGCAGCAGCUCAGUGUCAGGUGACUGGGUCACACUGUCUCUCCACGCUCAGAGCAGGGGGAGAGCUGUGCCGCUUGGGAGCUGCACUAGGGCUGUCCGGCUCCGUGACAAGUGCAGGGCGCUGAGUGACAAUGAACCUGCAAGGGAAAAGCCAUGAGCAACAGCAAGAGGAGGAAGGGGAUGACGAGGACGAUGAUAUAAUGGGGAUGUCGGAUUAUGGAGAUGGAGACUGCUUCAUGGAUGGGGAGCGAGGAAGCGAAGGAGAUGAUGAAGUUUUGGAUUUUACUGAUCCCUUCAGCACAGAAGUUAAGCCAAGAAUUCUGUUGAUGGGCCUACGCAGAAGUGGCAAAUCUUCAAUUCAGAAGGUGGUCUUUCAUAAAAUGUCACCAAAUGAAACACUCUUCCUAGAAAGCACAAACAAGAUCUGCAGAGAAGAUGUCUCCAAUAGCUCAUUUGUGAACUUUCAGAUUUGGGAUUUCCCAGGGCAGAUUGAUUUUUUCGACCCAACAUUCGAUUAUGAGAUGAUUUUCAGAGGAACAGGAGCACUAAUAUUUGUAAUUGAUUCACAGGAUGAUUACAUGGAAGCACUGGCUAGAUUACACUUGACUGUGACAAGUGCUUACAAAGUAAAUCCUGAUAUCAACUUUGAGGUUUUUAUCCAUAAAGUGGAUGGUCUCUCAGAUGAUCACAAGAUAGAAACGCAACGAGAUAUCCAUCAGAGAGCAAAUGAUGAUCUUGUAGAUGCAGGACUGGAGAAGAUCCAUUUGAGCUUCUAUCUCACCAGCAUAUAUGAUCAUUCAAUUUUUGAAGCUUUCAGCAAAGUGGUACAGAAACUAAUUCCACAACUUCCAACCCUAGAGAAUCUUCUGAACAUCUUUAUAUCCAACUCCGGCAUUGAGAAGGUUUUCCUGUUUGAUGUGGUUAGUAAAAUUUACAUAGCCACAGACAGCUCUCCCGUGGACAUGCAGACCUACGAACUGUGUUGUGAUAUGAUUGAUGUGGUUAUCGACAUCUCCUGCAUAUAUGGGCUGAAAGGGGCUGGGACUCCGUAUGACAAGGAAUCACUGGCAAUCAUAAAACUAAACAACACUACAGUCCUGUACUUAAAAGAGGUGACAAAGUUCUUAGCUCUUGUUUGCUUUGUACGAGAAGAGAGUUUCGAGAGGAAAGGGUUGAUAGACUACAAUUUCCAUUGCUUUCGAAAGGCUAUUCAGGAGGUGUUGAGGGUGAAAGUUCUUCGAUCUCGAAAAGAAAGGACAAAGAAGAGCAGGAGAGCAACUCCCAAUGGAACACCAGGAGUGCCAUUAUAGGCAUGGAGAGGAGCAGAAUGAAAAUUUUGAAACAUAGAACCUACCUUUCUGCAAUUGUCAAGUUCGCUUAACAGUUAAUUCAAUAUUAUUUACCUGUUUUAAUAGUUGCCUUUGUUCCAAAAAGAGAAAACUCCCAUGACUUUGGAAUUCUUAGACACCUCUGAAAAAGGAGUAGGAAAUAGGCUUAGCUUAAGUCUUCAGGAAAUGUUACUUGCAAGAAGAAGGGAAGAACAUUACUUUGCAGUGAAAUCAGUUAUAAACUAACACUGCUAUUCUCUAGACCCAAUGGUCCAGUCAUUGACUAGUGUCAAAUAUUAUAAUAAAAUGUAUCCUGUAUUUAUUAAAGGAAAUAUAUGUUUGCACUACAGAUCUAAUUAGAUAAUAAUCCAUUAACCAAACAAUAGAUUAACAAGGAAACUACCACCAGACUGAUUUAAUCAGAAUAUAUGUCUCUUGUGUGUAGCUAGCUAGUUUUGGUUGCAGUUAAGAAAGCAGUCAUACAAGAAUUUACUUUAGUGGGUUUAGCAACCUCCACACAACUUAACCCUUUUAAAUAACUAGCAAUGGCUGCUGCUCAGACCCCAGAGAUGAAUACUUUUUCUAAGCUGCUCCAUGCAGCUAAUAUUUUAGCUGUGCCAGAUCAAGUGGUUUAGGUUGGGAGCAUUUCGAUGGAAUGCUGAAAAGUUGAUGGCAAAUAUAAUGGUGGCUUUACUUUGUCUUUAAAGCACUGAUCACACAAUGCUUGAAUGUGACAAGCAUCUGUAUAUCUUGUGAUUAUGCAAAUGCAAUAACUUUGUAUAAAUGUGAGUAAUAUAAACAGAGUUGUCUUUUAAUGCAAGAGAAAUACACAUACUGAUUUAUGAAAAGCAAAUGCACAACAAAAUAUAAGACAUGGUUAAAGAAUUCACGCUUUUUAAAUAUGUUUGUUGAUGGGGAGUCACCAUGAUUUCCUUCAACAAAGUGAGAUUUCCUCUUCAGUUACAUUUUUUAUUUUUUUAUUUAGUUGAAGUUAACAUCUUUAAUUUUAAACUUGGGUACAAAGAUUAUCUAUAGGCUUAAUCAGGAUCCUACCUGAAAAAGUAUGGGGAAAAAUGCACUACAAUUUCUCACAUUUAUUAUAUUUUUUUUUACUUGCUAAUAUUAACUAUGAUCAAAAUUUCUUGGAAAUUGCACUAUUGUAUAUGGCUGCAUAAGGGAAAAUCCAGAAGUAUAAGGAUAUUUUACUGGGUUGUGCUGGUCAUUUGGUGAAAUUAAUGAAUGCUGCAUUAGUAGUACCACUUGAUGUAUCUUACAGUUAACUGCAGGAAAAGGCAGUUGUGACAUAGAUAUGUAAGAACUGACUGGUGUUUUUAUGAAUACUCAUGGAUUUUAAGUCUAUAACCAAUAUGAACAGAUUUUAUAUCUCUUCUAAAAUGUGUGUAAAUGUGUGAUUUUCCUGAAAGUGCGUUGAAGCAAUCAAUAAAUCUGUGGAUGAUGCUCUGAAUGUAACUAAUGCUGUGCAAACAUUGCUGUUCAAACUAUCUUUAAUGCUCAUAAGUUAAAUCGGUGUUUACAACUUGAUAAUAUAACAUUUCUAUUAUAUCUCCCACCACCAAUUGCUAGUUUUGUGUCUCACAAUACUCACAUAAUCUGUGGAAGGCUCAAUUAUGCUGCAUAUAUACAGAUUUCCUAUACACUUUUCCCAGUGUAUGGUAGAGCAUAGUGUUGAAUAUAAACCCUGGUGUCGCCCUAGUGGUUCCUCACUAGAGCCAGUUACUGAACCUGUAAUAGGGAGUGGGCAAGCUGGGUGGGAUGGAAAACAGUGCUAUGCUUACCCCAAAAGGAACUGAAGCAAAUGCACAUUACUAUGAUCAUCCCUUUGCAGAACCUAAGAAUCUGUGUAUUUUAUAUAGUAAGGUGAAUUCAAAGGUAUGUUGCUGUACAGUACAGUACAACAUCAUAAAAUGUAU